AUGCUUAAACAAAAAGUAAGAUCAUGCGAAUCAAAAUGUAAAAUUUGUGGAUCACCUGCUAUUUAUUCUUAUUAUGGUGUUAUUUCAUGUAGUCCAUGUAAAAUGUUUUUUAAACGAAAUGCUCUAUCGGACAAGUGUAAUUAUAAUGGUCAAUGUGAAAUAAAUAUAAAUAAUCGUCAUAUAUGUUCUUCAUGUAGACUUUCAAAAUGUUUUAAAAGUGGAAUGAAAGUAGAAAUGAUUCGUAAACAUAGACAAACUAUAGUAAUUAAUAAAAAUAAAAAUCAAUUAUCAACAAGUUUAGUUAAAUUAAAUGAAAUAAAACAAAUUUCAACAUUAAAUCUUUUAGAAAAAGAUAAUUCAUCAUUGAAUAAUAGUCAAUGGAUUCUUUUAUCAAAUAUAAUCAAUAGUUAUGAUGAAUCAAAAUUGUUUUUAUUAAGUGAAAAUCUUAAUACUAAACGUAAUUUAUCAACAUCUUUAAUUACAAUAAAUGAAAAUAUAGUAAGACAAUUAAUGACUAGUUUUUAUGAAACAGCUGGAAUAUAUCUUCGUUAUAAUAAUGAUAUUAAUAAUUUAUCAUCAAAUGAUCGAUCUAUAUUACUUCAUACUGCUGCUGAUAAUAUAACUUGUUUAGGUGGUAUUUUUAUAUUUUAUCAUACUGAUUUAAUUAAUCAUAAAAAUUUAAUGAAUUUACUUGAUAUUCAAUAUGGAAAAACAACAAUGAAAUAUCAUCGUUGGGCAACUAAAUUUACACCAUCAAAUAUUGUUUUAUUUAAAUUAGCAAUUUCUUUAUUUGCUUUUUCUUCAAAUUCUCGAAUACUUCAUAGAGAUAUUUCUCUUGAAUUUAAUUGUAUUAGUACAAUAUUGGAAAUUCAAAAUAAAUAUGCUGAAUUAACAUGGAAAUAUCUUAUUUAUAAAUAUGAUUAUCAUCAAGCUAUUCAGAUAUUCAUUAAUUUAAUUCAAUGGUUUUUAUCAAUGAGUGUUUUUAUGUCAUACGCACAUUAUGCUCCAACACAUGUUAAUGAUAUUGAAUCGUUAAUUAAACAAACAGAAUUAACACUUAUUUUAGAUGAUGUAGAUAAAAUUGCUCAAAAUAAUUAA